AGGCGCGGCGCGAGGCGAGCAAGAACUCCACGGACGAGCGGAGCCCGCCGGGCGGGUACGCCGCGCCGGUCCUCCGCACCCCACGCCGGCGCUCGAGCUCCAAGAGCCCGCUGAGCGCGCGGCGGGCCCCGCCGAGCCCGCGGUCGUCGUUGCAGCCGGUCGCCGAUCGGCGCCGCUCGAGCACCGGCUCCCUCUUCGACGCCAUGGUCGCGAUGGGCGCGGGGACCCAGUUCAGCCCGGUCCAGAAGGCGAGGGAGAGGAUGAUGAGCCUGAAGUCGCGGAGGGAGCUGAGGCUGAACGUGCGCAUCGCCCAGAAGAAGAUGCGGCGCAAGGCCAUGCUGAUGGCGAAGCUCUGCGCCGGCAGCCCCCAGAGGUCCCCGAGGAGAGGCACCGCCGCCGAGGCCACCGCCGAGGCCCCCCCGGAGGCGACGGGCCGGCUGCGGGCGCUGGAGCGCGCGGCCGGCGGGGCGGAGGGCGGCAGGCCGCUCGCGCUGCGGGUGCCCGCCGACAGCGACAGCGACAGCGACAGCGACGGGCACGCCGAGAACUUCGCUGCGGACCCCUCGUACGGGAGCCCCUCUGGCGGUGCCGCCGAGCCGGCCGAGGGCGAGGGGGCCAGCGGAAGAGGCUUCUGCAUAGACUUCCUGUCCCGCGCGCGGUACAGGGGCACCGCGGCCACGAAGUACCUGGUGGACCGGCUCCUGGGCGCCGCGCAGCGGCUGGGCCACGAGAGCGCGGUGAUCAUCGAGGCCGUGAACCGGGAACGCUUCACCACGGAGCUCAUGACGGAGGUCGCAGAGUUCGACAGCGCACAUGAUGACGCGCGCACGGCCUACGGGAUGCUGCAGGCGCACGCUCGCGGCAUCUUCGAGCAGAAGUGCGCCGUGAAGAGGCUGAAGCACAGCCUCACUCAGUGGGUGAUGCGGGAGUCCGUGCUGGAGUCGCUGAGAGCGAACGAGGAGGAGAAGAGGCGCAUCGGGGGCGCGGAGGACGACACCGAGCUUUCGGCACUCUGUAGGCGCGGGGCGAAGCUGCGCGAGUUCUGGCCGCUCUACCGCGAGGGGGCCCACCGCCUCCUGCCCCGGGCCGCGCCCGCGCGCGCGGCCGCCGCGCCGAUGCCGAGGAUGGGCACGGACCCCCGCGGGCUGCCCUGGAAGACCCGGCCGGCGCGGAGCGAGUGCGCGGCGGAGGGCUGGGAGCCCGCGGCGGGCCCUGCGCCGGAGAGGGCGCACUCCGCCCCCUCGCUGGGUGCUGGCCUGAGGAUGCCGGUCGACCCGUCCACAGUCGCCUGUGCCUUCUCCAUAGGCUCCUUCUGCCUGCUGGCACGCUCCGCGCCCCCAGCGCCCAUCUGCGGCUGCCAGUGCGACUGCGGGUCCCCUGGCUGGUCCACCGCCCAGCUGCUCGCCGUCGCGGUGGGGCAGCUCGUGACGGGCUGGUGCGCGGCCCGCUGGUGGACGCCGCCGAGACCGUCUUCUCCGUUCGUGGUGGCCGCGGGCCUGGAGGCGACCAAGCAGCUGACGCUGCUGGCAGGGAGACGCUUCUGGGCCCUGUUCGACUCGUCGGAGGGGGUCUGGCACGAGCGCCUCGUGCUGCGGCGCACCGCCGGCGGCCACGUGGUGCUCACGCCCGACGGCGACGUGUACGAGGAGCUGCUGGAGGACUACGAGGAUGCGCUGCCUAGUGGCGUUGCUGGUGGCAUCCCGAACCGUCUUUCGGGGCACAAGGCUUUCCGCUACGCCUUCCGCCCUGGGGACAUCGCCGACGCCAGCGCCUUCCGCCGGAGGGCCGAGGCCUACCUGGCUGGCUGGGCUGGCGCGCCUCCAGCGGCCGACGGAGGGGGGCGGGUGCCCGCGCCUAUCGCCGACACUGGCGCCGUGCCUGCCCCCGCGGUCGGGUCGCUGGUGCCAGCUGCUGACGUGGACCCGGCCUUCUACGACCCCGGCUCGCUGGCGGCCCACACCUGCCUCGUGGGCUCCGAGUGGUUCGUUGGCGAGAACCAGGGCGCCCGCAGGCGCGGGGAGAGCGUCACCAUCCGCCCCUCGGACAUUGCCUUCGGCGUCUCGGGCCAGGCCCUGCUGUGCCGUGAGGGAGUGUGGUACCGUUUUUGCCGCGACCCGCCGACGCCGUUGCCAGCGGGCGAGGGCGAGGCGGCUGCAGCGGAGGACCUUCGCACCCUGGCGGUCGAGUACAACGUGCGCGGGGAGCGCACUCGCAGCUUCGAGUCAGCUCGUCACCUGCUGCGCGAGGAGGUCCUGGACGACGCCUGGCCUGUGGAGGGCCCCCGCACGGUGCAGUGGCUCAUCGAGGCCUUCGCCAACAGCGGCAUGGCCCCAGUGCCUCGCCACCAUUGGUGGAGGCAGGCGCUCGGGGCGACCUCGUCGGACCCAGGGAUCGACGAGCACCUCUUCCUCUCGGAGUGCCUCCAGCACGGGCUGCAGUACGACCAGCUCAACAUCUGCAACUUGGCCUGCUUCGAGAGCAUGUCCCGCCGCUACCAGCUCUGGGAGGAGCGGUACCAGGAGCGGAUCCGCGCCUCCACGGAGGGCUCGGUGGCGGCGGGGCUCGCGGCCGAGAGGCACUUGUUCCUCGGCGGCGACCGCGCCAAGGGCUACGCCCUCAUCUCGCCCGAGCUGGAGCGCUGGGUGGCGAAGCGCAUGGAGGAGCAGGCUGCCGUGCUCAAGGAGCGCCGCAAGGGCCGCGAGGAGCGGGCUCUGGCGGCGGCGGCCUCGGGCGGCGGCGGCGGCGGCGGCGGCGCUGGCCAGACGUUCGGCGCCGACCACAAGAAGAAGCUCAAGGACAACAAGAAGGGCAAGGACGGCCAGACUGGCACCCCGGGCGCUGGUCUUGCGGCAGAUCCCAGGGACCUGCUGCCUCUGCCAGCGCCCACCUCGCCUGUACCGCGCCAUGGGGAUGCGAUGGGCUCGGAGUGGCUCUCGGCAGGACUGCAGACCCUCAAUGAGAUGGGCGGGCGCGGCGCUGUUCGGCGGGCUGGAGCAGCCUCUGGCCCCCAGACCGACGCGCUGGAGCGGCUUCGCAGCUCCUACGCCGCCGUGCCCAGCUGCCCGACGGACCUGACCGCCGACUCGGCCACGCGCGCCGUGAUCGGCUCCGAUCCUGGCUAUGGAUUCGACGACAUGGCCAGCGGGAAGUACGCCACCUACCAGCGCGGGAAGGUCUCACUUCCGCGCGUGGCCUCUGGCGCGGUGGAGCUAGCUGCUGCGCUGCCGGCGGGGCCCCGCUCUUUGCUGAUGGGUGAGUCUGGCACCUUGCUGACGAGGGGCUCCACAUCUUUUUCUUCGUUGGCAAAAUUGGCUUUUGAUCGAAGGCUGGCAAGCAAUCCUCGCACUUAUGGGAAGUUUUUGGCUGAUCUCCUCGAGCGUGACAUGCUCGAGGUUGGCACUUCGUUUUCACAGGUGGCGCCCUUCUUCGUCUACAAGAAGGACGGGGCCCUCAGGCUGAUCUUCGACGCCAGGGCCUCGAACACGGCCCUCGGCAGCAUCGAGCUGCAGGCGGGGGAGCGCCUCUUCGUGGCCCAGGGCGACGUCACGUGCUGCUUCUACCAGUUCUUCCUGCCAGUGCACCUGCGUGAGGCCUUCGGCCUGCCGCCUGUGCCCUGGGCCGCACUGCCGCUCGCCGCUCGCCAGCUGGUUGGGGCGCGCCCGCCUGACGGCUUGGUGCGCCUGCGCCUCAGAGUGGUGCCGAUGGGUUGGUCAUGGGCGGUCUACUUCAUACAGCAUGUCAUGAUGGAGAUCCUUCGCCCCUGUGCCCCGGCGGACCGCUGGCUGGCCCAGUACGUGCCGCGCGAGCCCGUCUGCCCUGGCUCGGGGGCCUCGCUCAUCUACAUCGACAAUUUCGCGGCCCUUGGCACGAGCGCCGCGGAGGCGAACGCUCGCCUGGAGCACAUGCUGGGCGCCGUGGCGGCCGCUGGAGUUGACGCCUCGCCAGAGCCUGCCGGCGCACCGCUGCUGGGGUUCGAGCUGGACUCGACGGGCACUCAGUGGCGGCCGACGGCGAGGAAGUUCUGGAAGGUCGCGCUGGCCCUCCGCACUCUGGGCUGGGGUCGUCAGCGCCGCACGGGGCGUCAGAUUGCUCGCGCCGUCGGCCAUGCCUCGGCCAUCAAGCUGCUGCGGCCAGAGAUGCUGUCCAUCUUCUCGGCCGUGUACGUCUUCGCCGACCGCUACUUCGGGCAGCCGGCGCGCGUGUGGGCCUCUGUGCGGCGCGAGCUCCGAGCUGCCUGGGCGCUGCUGCCGCUCGCCGUCGCCGACAUGAGCCUGCCCUGGUCUCCCGCAGUCGCCUCGGUCGACGCCUCGCUGCAUGGCUUUGGCGUCACCGAGAAGGCCUGGCCCCCCGCCGAGGUGGGCCGCGUUGGCCGCGCCUCAGAGCGGGGGCGGUACCGAGGGGCGUUGCGCACCUCCCGCCGCCCGCGCUGCCUGGUCGAGGGGGAGAAGGCUGAGCCCUCGCUGAGCGACAUCGUCGACGCCUCGUCCGAGCAGCUGCGUGCGCUGGGGCUGCGCUCCGCCUUCGAGGAGGUGCCGUCGGCCCCGGCGCGCGGGGGCGACUGGGGCGUGGUGGCAGCUCGCCGCUGGAGGCGCAAGGACAAGAUCCUCGCGCUCGAGGCGGAGGCAGCCCUGUGGCAGGUUCGGCGGCUGGCCCGCAGCCGCCCGAGCGCCCAGAAGCGGCACUUAGUUUUGUCUGACUCAAUGGCCUGGGUCCUCACCUCGUGCAAGGGGCGGAGCUCGUCGUGGUACCUGCUGCGGAGGUGCCGCGAGUUUUGCGCCAUGAGCUUGGCCCUCGGAGCACGUGUUUCUUUUCGGUGGAUUCCUUCGGAGUGGAACUCGGCGGAGGAGCCCAGCAGGCGCGGCUCCACGGGCCAGCGGGCGCUGCUGGGCUUCGCGAGCAGCUCGCGGCUGGGCGCUCCAAGCGGCGGGCCUUUGCGGGGCCUUUCGCCGCGGGGCUCCCCGGGCCCGAGCCCGCUGCUCUGCAGGGCGCUGGUGCCAGCGCCGAGCCAGAGGCCGAGCCGGGCCCCGUCUGCCCCGAGUCGGGCGCUGCGCCCCCCGGUGGCGCCGGAGACGGAUGGCGGCGUGGCCGGCGGGAGGCCGCGGCUGGAGGGCAUCGCCCUGCCUCGCCGCCACGCCUGCCCUGCCAGCCCGCUCCCUCUGCAGCCCGCGCUGGCCUCGGGCCGACUGCCCUGCCGCGCGCUGGCCUCUGCUGGCCCCCUGGGCUUGGGCCGCCAUCCUGCGCCGGGACGCCUGGUCCCCUACCGCGGGGAGACUGGCUCGGCCCGCCGGCAGCGCCGCGAGACGGCGCGGCGGCGCCCGGGCUCAGCGCUGCACUCUGCCGCCCGCAGCUCGGAGGAGGCGGAGGUGCUGGGGUUCCACAUCAGCUCCUUGGCCGCCGCGGCCGUGACGCCGACGACGCAGGGCAACUACCUGAACGCCCUGCGCAAGCUGCUGGCGUGGAUGCACGAGUCCAGAGCCCCCCAGCGCCUUCCCGCGUGCGAGCGGGACCUGCUGCUGGAGCAGCACGUGGAGUUCCUGCACGACCGCGGGCUGCCCGAGGGGGACGCCGCCAGCACGCUGGCCGCAGUGCGCUGGGCGCUGCCCGAGCUGCCGCGCCCGCUGCGCCGGGGCCUGCCGCUGGCGACUGCUGCGGUCACUGGUUGGCGCCGGCUCGAGAAGCCGUUGUCGCGCCCGCCAGUCCCUCGGUCGCUGGCCGUGCUGAUGGCCCUGCGGCUCUGCGCCGACGGCAAGGCGGACUAUGCCCUCUUCCUGCUGCUGACGUUCGAGACGUACAAGCGGCCGAGCGAGGCGCUCAGCCUCCUCGGCCUACAGCUGGUGCCGCCCGUGCCGGGCGAGAGGGGGGCAUGCCGCUUCUGGGCCACCCUGAUCCGUGCGAGCGAGCUAGACGUGCUUGGCAAGACCGGCGAGUUCGACACCAGCGUCGCCCUGGACCUGCCGCGGCACCGCCUGCCGGAGCCUGCGCUGCGCCUGCUGAAGGCCAACGGGGGGGGGCGGGAGCGGCUCUUCAUGUUCUGCUACACCGACUUCCUCCUGGUCUGGAACAGCUGCCUCCUCGGCUUGGGCCUGGCGCAGCUGAAGGUGACGCCGCACUCCCUCCAUGCUACCAUGCUGAAGCACAGCGUCUUCGUAGACCUCUUCGCUGGCACUGCGCCGGUGAGCAGGUACCUGCGCCGCAAGGGCUACGCUUGCAUCGCCUUCGACAAGCUGCAAGGGCCGCAGUUUGACCUCAGCCGGCGCGAGGUCGUGCUCACCAUCGCAGGCUGGCUGCGCGCGGGCUUGGUGUGGGCCCUCUGGUUUGCGACUCCGUGCAUCACCACUACUCGUGCCCGCACGGACAAGUCAGGCUCCGCGGUCGAUGUGGAUUUCUGUGCUGCUGGAGGGCCCAUGCGCAAAAGGACCAAGCUCGUUUUUCAGCAUUGCGGCACGGUCGAG